AUGAGAGCAACGCUUCGAAAGCGUAAACACGAUGAUGAUAUGCCGGUUACUAUGAGGGUGUUCACAGAUACGAUAUUGUCCAAACUUGACACUUUGAAAAUUGACUUUGACGAUAAAAUAUCGCAAAUCAAUGACAGCAUCAACACCAUAAUGAAACAGGAUAUAUCAAAACUCAGUGAUACUGUUAUGGAGAUGAAAACAGAUAUUAACGGUAUUCGAGACGAUUACCGCAAGAUAAACAAAAACAUUUACGAUUUACAACAAAAACAAGUUACUCUGGAAAAGGAGGUAAUAUCUCUUAAGGAAUCGACACAAUUUACAUCAGAUGAGCAAGAUGCUAUAAAAAAUAGGAUACAGACAUUAUCCUGCACAACCAAAAUUGUUGAGGAAAUGCGCCAAGAAAUUAUUGAAUUGAAAAAGCAGAACACCGAGCUUAGAACAGAUAUCAACUACAAAGAACAAAUGGAGCGUAUAUUGAAUUUAGAAAUAGUUGGUCUCCCUGAGGAUAAAGGCGAAAAUCUAAUAAAUAUAAUUAUAGCCAUGGGGAACCACUUUGGAGUAGUGUUGGAGCAUAACGAUAUUAUUCAAGCAAACAGAGUAACACCGAAAAUAAAAAUUCUAGGCAGACCCAGAGUCAUAAUUGCUAAGUUAAGAACAAGAUUGCUGAAAGACAACUUGUUAUCUGCAUCACGAAAACGCCGCAUUACCACUACUGAUAUCAACCUAAAAGGCGAGGGUAGACCUAUUUAUAUAAAUGAACACCUGACUGUGCAAAAUAAACAACUUUUAAAGAAAGCUAAAGAUACUGCUAAAAAACGUGAAUUCCUCUACACUUGGACAAAAAACGGAAGAAUUUUUGUCCGCAAAGGAGAUACAUCACCGUCAAUACUAAUAUCCACAGAAGAGGAUCUAAGGAGGAUUGUGUGA